AUGCAGGAGGUGCUCUCCUCAACCGCCUCUCAUCCAGUCUUCUACACCGCUCAAUCCUUCCGCGUGAAGACAAGCCUGCCCAUGGACGCGAAUAUCUACGGUCGGGGCGAACACACAGAAAACUUCCGUCGCCUUAGUGUCGAUUUGAGACUAUGGACCGAGAUUGGAUUUGACGAAUGGUGGAGGUUCGCGCAGGAUAACGAUGUCCUAAUGAUUGACGAAUACGACGGAAUCAUUGAGGACCUCGCGCCGUUUUGGGAGCUGCCUGCUGACGAGCUGCGGACAAGGGCAGUCUGGCUGGCCAUCUUCCUUCUGUCGACAUGGUAA